UUGGAGGCAUCCCCCGUCUAAAAAUACUUAAUCACCCACCAAGGGUUAAGCCCUUCACUGAGGUCUGAGGGGGCUUUUCUAGCAGUACACUGUCAGGACAGCAGCGUUUAAAGAACUGGAAUCUGAUGGCGGAUACUACAUGGCAACAAUUUUAAAAUGAGCCACUAUUUUGUAUUGAAACAUUUGACUAUUUUUAUAAAUCGGUGACAGGAGACUUACCUAAGGAAAUAUGGGUCAGUCACAGAGUGACGAUGAUAACGAGGUAGCCUUGACACAGAUCCAGGAACUAUACAGAAAAUUUGCCAGUGAAUGCCCAAGUGGAAACCUGCAUUUACACGAAUUCAAAAGAAUCUUUGGGAUAAGCAGUGCGUCUUCACCUGAGGAAAGUGCCUAUAUUGACAACAUCUUCCGAACUUUUGAUACAAAUCAGGAUGACACAAUAGACUUCAUGGAGUAUGUAGCUGCUGUGCACCUUGUUUUCCGGGGCAAACUAGAAGAUAAACUGAAGUGGUCCUUCAAGGUAUAUGACAGUGAUGGAAAUGGUCGCCUGGACAAACGAGAAGUCAAGCAUAUAGUAAAGAUAAUUUCCAAGAUAAGAAGACAAGAUAGCCAAUCUGGAAGCGAGAAAAUGAGCCCCGAUCAGAUCUGUGACAGGAUCUUUGAAAUUGUGGAUAAAAACAAAGACGGCCAAAUCUCACUUGAAGAGUUUGUGGAAGGUGCUCAACAGGACCCGUGGGUUAUGGAACAGCUCAAAUUGAAUGUGAGACCCUCUGGAUGGUUCAAUGAACGCAAUAAAACCUGAACAAUACAGGCAAAAUGAGACAACAUACCUUCCUGAAGCCUUGAAGAGAAGAAUGAAGCCUUGAAGAAUGAAAUGAUGCCCCACGUAGGAUUACCUCAUAAAGUCUCUAAAUUGAACUAACUGAUAGCGUUCUCCCAACAUUUCCAAUUAAAUAAAUCCCCUUCAUAUUUAAAAAUGAAACCCAACAUAGGCUCCAGCUGGAAGAGUUGUUUCCAGAAAUGUAAUUAAUUGUGUUUUUACCAUAAGCUAAAUCGGAACACAAUGCCUGACAUUAUGGGAAGUUUACUAUAUUCCUGAUAUUUAAAGCAUGCAAUAUGCCCAGAAAGGGAAAGACAGUUGAUACAGUUGAAAUAUUAACUUUACCUAUAGGAUAUGCUGUUAUGAAACGACAAGUUUGAAAUAUGGAUAUGACCCAGAAAAACAUUUCAGUGAAAGAAGAUUAGGCUCUGGUUGUGAGGAUAAACCUGCAUUGUUAAGAAAUGUGUUAUUUUAAAUGAAGUAAUUUCCGCAACAGGUCUCCUAGGUGAACAGCCUCUGGCAUGUUAGAACAAGGUGGGUAAGGGAAGUCAGCAAGUCAGAUCUGUAACUUAGGAUAAGGAUUGGCUCUGAGGGCUGGGCCGGUCGGGCUGGGGUGCGAAGCGGGGCUGGAGGA